CUCUUAAACAGAGAAAAAACAAAGCAGUCUUCCCCUGUGUUCAAGCUAUGCUUUCAUUUCAAGCACCCAUCCUUCCUAACCCCAGAAAGACAAUCCAGGAAGUCGAGAAUUCAUCAAACAAGAGAAAGCGGCCCGAGGAACCCCACACUAGUACUGAGGAAACUCUUGAGGAGAAGCGACUAAAAUCAUUGUUUGAUAUUGAGCUGCAUCUCGAGACUCCAUUGCCUCUCGAAUGGCAGAGAUGCCUUGAUAUUCAGUCAGGGCAGAUACACUUUUACAAUACAAGAACACAUAAGAGAACGUCCAGGGAUCCCAGGAGAAGCCCUGAGCCUCUGAGUCCUGGAGAUCAUCAUCAUCAUCAUCAUCAUAAUAUGAGCUUAGACCUUGACUUGAAUCUUUCGUAUGAUUCACUGAUGAGGAAAAGUAACAACGAGAGAGAGGAAUUCAUGACUAAUAAGAAGGAACAGGGUACUCUGCCAUGGCUGACGGUGAGGGAGGAGGAGGAGGACCAACAGCAGCUGCAGAUGGUGGCGACGGUGUGCACGCGGUGCCACAUGCUGGUGAUGCUGUGUAAGUCAUCCCCGGCAUGCCCCAACUGCAAAUUCAUGCACCGGCCAGAGGAGGGGUAUGAACCCAAAUUGUUCAAGCAAAGGCUCAGCCUGUACUGUUUUGCUGAUCCUAUAACAAAAUUGUGAAAAAAUUCAAGGUGGAGUCUUAAAAGCAUGUUAAUUAAAUUUAAAAGUAAAUUAAUGGUUUUUCUUGUAUUAAGCUGUAAGAUGAUAUUAAUGGAUCGAUCCUCCAUCUCCUUUGAGAAAUGAAUGCUGAGCAGAGUGAUGAUGCUGGGAUGGAGUAACAUAAUGUACUACUAACUUAUAUACCAUAUAUAGAAUGUAGAUAAGUUGUGUUUUAAUGUUACUAAUUUUGUUUUGUAUUUCAGUAAGAGCAAGAAAGACAGGGUUUUUUU